CACGGAAUCGGGCCUAACGCCCGUAAACCGUUGACAGAAGGGAAGUCCUGAUUUCACAUCAAACCACCACCUUCAUUCUUCUCCUUGUCAUGGUCUUUUGAAGAAUGCAAAGAAUGUGGACUGCUGCUUAUUUUGGCACCUUCAUCAGCCAGGCUAUAUUUUGGUUGGAGGAGCAGAUGAUGCUUCUCCUUACAGUGAUUCAUGAGUGCAGGCCAAGAGAAUGAGCUGUGAAGAAUGUCAUUGCUGGGACAAAACAUACCGCAUUCUGCACUGCCUGGAGUUGAAGGUGCUGCAGGUUGAGUGCUGUGAGUGAUGAAGCUUCUGCAGACUUUGAAAAUGGGAUGGACUAUAGAAUUUGCAGUGUACUUAAUCAUGUUAGUGAACUUGAGGAGCAUUGUCUGAAGAAUAUAACAGUGGAUGGAAAACUCUUGUCAAAUUACAAAUUAAUUCAGAGAAGAACAGAACAGAAAGAAAGACCCCACAAAAAAACACCCUUUGCCUUAUUCCCUAGUCAGAAGGAUUUAAGAAGGUCAGGUAUACUAACACUUGUGUGCUUUGUUCCACUGUCCACAAAGAUGACCUUCAUGAAGAAGUGGAUAGAAGAUCUAAGAAGAAAAUCUUCUCAGUGCAGGUCUGAGGGUAGCCCAGGAUGGCCGCAGCUUCUUAUGAUCAGUUGUUAAAGCAAGUUGAGGCAUUAAAGAUGGAGAACUCCAACCUUCGGCAAGAGCUAGAGGACAACUCAAAUCACCUAACAAAACUGGAAACUGAGGCAUCUAACAUGAAGCAUGAAGUCAUGGGAGAGACUGGAGAUUUUCAUUAUUUUAAGGUGGUUGACCCUGUGGGUAUUUGCACAUAUCAAGAGGAGGUGCUGAAACAGCUACAAGGAAGUAUUGAAGAUGAGGCAAUGGCAUCAUCUGGACAAAUUGACUUACUGGAACGACUUAAAGAACUGAACUUGGAGAGUACCAGCUUUCCUGGAGUGAAGUUAAGGCCAAAAGUGUCUGUGCGCUCAUAUGGGAGCCGGGAAGGGUCUGUGUCAAGCCGUUCAGGAGAGUGCAGUCCUGUUCCCAUGGGAUCAUUUCCAAGAAGAGGAUUUAUGAAUGGAAGCAGAGAAAGCACUGGUUAUUUAGAAGAGCUAGAAAAAGAGAGAUCUCUUUUGCUUGCGGAACUUGAGAAGGAAGAGAAAGAAAAGGACUGGUAUUAUGCCCAGCUUCAGAACCUUACUAAAAGGAUUGAUAGUCUUCCCCUUACUGAAAAUUUCUCCUUGCAAACAGAUAUGAACAGAAGGCAGCUGGAGUAUGAGGCAAGGCAAAUCAGAGCUGCAAUGGAAGAACAAUUGGGAACUUGUCAGGACAUGGAGAAGCGAGCACAGGUGAGGGUGGCAAGAAUUCAACAGAUAGAGAAGGAUAUUCUUCGUAUACGACAGCUCCUGCAAUCACAAGCAGCAGAAGCAGAGAGAGCACCUCAAGGCAAGCAUGAUGCAGGUUCCCAUGAUACAGAGAGGCAGAGCGAAGGUCAAGGAGCACCAGAAAUCAGUAUGUCAACUAGCAAUACUGGUCAGGGUUCUGCUGCUCGAAUGGACCAUGAGACAGCCAGUGUUAUGAGUUCUAGUAAUAGCUACUCUGUACCUCGCAGACUGACAAGUCACCUGGGUACCAAGGUAACCGAAGAUUACAAACCACAGGUGGAAAUGGUGUACUCAUUGUUAUCAAUGCUUGGUACUCAUGAUAAAGAUGACAUGUCAAGAACAUUGCUAGCAAUGUCUAGCUCCCAAGACAGCUGCAUAGCCAUGCGUCAGUCUGGAUGUCUUCCUCUCCUCAUCCAGCUUUUACAUGGCAACGAUAAAGACUCUGUCUUGUUAGGGAACUCUCGUGGUAGUAAGGAGGCCCGUGCCAGAGCCAGCGCAGCACUGCAUAACAUCAUUCACUCCCAGCCUGAUGAUAAGCGAGGCAGACGGGAAAUCCGCGUGCUCCAUCUUUUGGAGCAGAUCCGUGCUUACUGUGAAACAUGUUGGGAAUGGCAGGAAGCACAUGAACAAGGCAUGGACCAAGACAAAAACACAAUGCCUGCGCCAGCUGAUCAUCAAAUCUGUCCUGCAGUGUGUGUUUUAAUGAAACUUUCAUUUGAUGAAGAACACAGGCAUGCUAUGAAUGAGCUUGGAGGUUUGCAAGCCAUUGCUGAACUGCUGCAAGUGGACUGUGAAAUGUACGGACUUACAAAUGACCAUUAUAGUGUUACAUUGAGGAGGUAUGCUGGAAUGGCUCUGACAAACCUGACUUUUGGAGAUGUAGCAAACAAGGCUACAUUAUGUUCAAUGAAGGGCUGCAUGAGAGCUCUUGUAGCCCAGCUGAAAUCUGAAAGUGAAGACUUACAGCAGGUCAUUGCAAGCGUGCUGAGGAACUUGUCCUGGCGUGCAGAUGUAAACAGUAAAAAGACACUACGAGAAGUUGGGAGUGUGAAAGCACUGAUGGAAUGUGCUUUAGAAGUUAAGAAGGAAUCAACCCUAAAAAGUGUCUUGAGUGCCUUAUGGAACUUGUCAGCACAUUGUACUGAGAACAAAGCUGAUAUAUGUGCUGUUGAUGGUGCUCUUGCAUUUCUAGUUGGUACACUGACAUACCGGAGCCAAACAAACACUCUUGCCAUCAUAGAAAGUGGGGGAGGAAUAUUAAGAAAUGUUUCUAGCUUAAUUGCUACUAACGAGGACCACAGGCAAAUCUUACGAGAGAACAGUUGCUUACAAACCUUGUUACAACACUUGAAGUCACACAGUUUGACAAUAGUCAGUAACGCAUGUGGGACCCUGUGGAAUCUUUCUGCGCGAAAUGCAAAGGAUCAGGAGGCACUAUGGGACAUGGGAGCAGUCAGCAUGCUCAAAAAUCUCAUUCACUCAAAACACAAAAUGAUAGCAAUGGGCAGCGCUGCAGCUCUAAGAAAUCUCAUGGCAAACAGGCCAGCGAAAUAUAAGGAUGCUAACAUUAUGUCUCCAGGAUCAAGCUUACCAUCUCUUCAUGUUAGAAAACAAAAGGCACUGGAAGCAGAAUUAGAUGCACAACAUUUAUCAGAGACUUUUGACAAUAUUGAUAAUUUAAGCCCAAAAGCAUCUCACCGUAAUAAGCAGAGACAUAAGCAGAAUAUAUACAGUGAGUAUGUUUUGGACUCUAGUCGUCAUGAUGAUGGGGUAUGCAGAACAGAGAGUUUUAGUACUGGUAACAUGACUGUACUUUCUCCAUAUUUAAAUUCCACAGUAUUGCCUGGCUCCUCAUCUUCCAGUAGAGGAAGCCUAGAAAAUUGUCUAUCUGAGAAAGACAGAAGUCUUGAUAGAGAUCGAGCAGUAGGUUUAAAUGCCUAUCAUCCAGCUACAGAGAACAGUGGAAACUCCUCUAAGAGAAUAGGAAUGCAAAUUUCUACAGCUGCAGCUCAGAUUGCCAAGGUUAUGGAAGAAGUGACAAGCAUGCAUAUUCCACAGGAAGACAGAAGUUCCGGUUCCACUUCUGAAAUGCACUGUUUGACAGAAGACAGAAAUGCCACAAGGAGACCAGCCACUGCCCAUACUCACUCAAAUACAUACUUUCCUAAAUCUGAGAAUUCAAGCAGGCCAUGUCCUGUGCCUUACACAAAAAUGGAAUACAAGAGAGCAUCAAAUGACAGUUUAAAUAGCGUCAGCAGCAGCGAUGGCUAUGGUAAAAGAGGCCAAAUGAAACCUUCCAUUGAAUCUUACUCUGAGGAUGAUGAAAGUAAAUUUUGUAGUUACGGGCAAUAUCCAGCUGACUUGGCACAUAAGAUACAUAGUGCAAAUCACAUGGAUGACAAUGAUGGAGAACUAGACACUCCUAUUAACUAUAGUCUUAAAUAUUCAGAUGAACAGUUAAAUUCUGGAAGGCAGAGUCCUUCUCAGAAUGAAAGAUGGGCAAGGCCUAAGCAUAUAAUAGAUGAUGAAAUGAAACAAAAUGACCAAAGGCAGUCAAGGAGCCAAAGUGCAACCUACCCUGUGUACACUGAAAGUGGAGAUGAUAAACACAUGAAAUAUCAAUCAGCUUUUGGACAGCAAGAUUGUGUUCCUUCAUUUAGAUCAAGAGGAUCCAAUGGUUCAGAUCAGAACAGAGUAGGGUCAACUCUUGCAAUUAAUCAGAAAGUAAAUCAGUCCUUGUGCCAGGUUGAUGAUUAUGAUGAUGAUAAGCCAACCAACUACAGUGAACGUUAUUCUGAGGAGGAACAUCAUGAAGAGGAAGACAGACCAACCAAUUAUAGCAUAAAGUACAAUGAAGAGGAACAUCAUGUUGAUCAGCCCAUUGAUUAUAGUCUAAAGUAUUCAACAGAAGUUCCUCCCUCUACUCAGAAACCAUCUUUUACUUUUUCAAAGACUUCUUCAGUGCAAAGCACUAAAACUGACCAUAUUUCCUCAAGCAGUGGGAACACAUCAGCCCCUUCAGCUGGUUCGAAGAGGCAGAAUCAGCUUCACCCAAGCUCUGCACAGAGCAGAGGCGGUCAUGCUCAAAAGACUGCCUCCUGUAAGACUCCUUCUAUUAAUCAAGAAACUAUACAAACUUACUGUGUGGAAGAUACACCAAUAUGUUUUUCAAGGUGUAGCUCUUUGUCAUCUUUGUCAUCAGCUGAAGAUGAAAUAGGACGUGAUCAAUCCACACGUGGGACGGAUACUAACAAUACACUACAAAUAGCAGAACUGAAAGAAAACAGUGGGGCUUUGUCUGCAGAAGCUGCAGCGAGUGAAAUCACAUCAACAUCACAACAUAUCAGAACAAAAUCUAGUAGACUUCCAACUUCCAGUUUAUCGCCUUCUGAUUCCUCCAGACAUAAAGCUGUUGAAUUUUCUUCAGGUGCCAAAUCCCCCUCAAAGAGUGGUGCACAGACUCCUAAAAGCCCACCAGAACACUAUGUACAGGAAACUCCUCUCAUGUUCAGCAGAUGUACCUCUGUAAGUUCCCUGGAUAGUUUUGAAAGCCGUUCAAUUGCUAGUUCAGUUCAAAGUGAGCCUUGCAGUGGAAUGGUGAGUGGUAUUAUAAGUCCAAGUGAUCUUCCAGACAGCCCAGGACAAACAAUGCCUCCAAGCAGAAGUAAAACACCACCGCCUGCUCAAGGAGUUCAAGUGAAAAGAGAUGUAGCUAAAGGUAAAGCACCUAGUGCAGAAAAGAGAGAGCCUGGUCCUAGACAAGCAGCUGUAAAUGCAGCUGUUCAGAGAGUUCAGGUACUGCCAGAUGCUGAUACGCUAUUACAUUUUGCCACAGAAAGUACACCGGAUGGGUUUUCUUGCUCUUCCAGCCUGAGUGCUCUGAGUCUUGAUGAGCCAUUUAUACAGAAAGAUGUAGAGUUAAGAAUAAUGCCUCCUGUACAUGAAAAUGAACAUGGAAAUGAAGCAGAACCUGAACAGUCAGAUGAUACAAAGGAUAACCAAGAGAAUAAAGCAGAGAAACCUUCUGAAGCAGAAAAAGAUAUUCUGGAUGAUUCUGAUGAUGAUGAUAUUGAAAUACUGGAAGAAUGUAUUAUUUCUGCAAUGCCUACGAAGUCUUCACGUAAAGCCAAGAAGCCUUCUCAAGCAUCUGCUCCAAAAAUACCUCCUCCUGUAGCAAGAAAGCCGAGCCAGCUGCCAGUUUACAAACUUCUGCCUUCCCAAAGCCGCUUGCAAACCCAAAAGCAUGUGAGUUUUACACCAGGAGAUGAUAUGCCACGAGUAUAUUGUGUUGAGGGUACACCAAUAAAUUUUUCAACAGCUACAUCUCUGAGUGAUCUCACAAUAGAAUCACCACCAAAUGAGUUGGCCAAUGUAGACAGUGUGGGUACAGGGGCAGAGUCAGGGGAAUUUGAAAAGAGGGACACUAUUCCUACAGAAGGUAGAAGUACAGAUGACUCUCAGAGAGCAAAAAACAUAACUGUGACUGGCCCAGGACUGGAUGAUGACAAAACAGAAGAGGGUGAUAUUCUGGCUGAGUGCAUUAACUCAGCUAUGCCAAAAGGAAAAAGUCACAAACCUUUUAGAGUGAAGAAAAUAAUGGAUCAAAUUCAACAAGCAUCUACAUCUCUAAAUAACAAAAGUCAAUCAGAAGGUGAGAAAAAGAAGCCAACAUCACCAGUAAAGCCUGUUCCCCAAAAUAAUGAAUACAGAGCACGUGUAAGAAAAAACACAGAGUCUAAAAGCCAAAUUAAUAAUGAAAGAAGCUACUCAGAGAACAGAGAUGCGAAGAAACAGAAUCUUAAAAAUAAUUCUAGAGAUUUUAAUGACAAACUUCCAAAUAAUGAAGAGCGUGUAAGAGGAAGCUUUACAUUUGAUUCCCCUCAUCAUUACACACCUAUUGAGGGGACUCCAUAUUGUUUUUCACGCAAUGAUUCCCUAAGUUCUUUGGAUUUUGAUGAUGAUGAUGUUGACCUUUCAAGGGAGAAGGCAGAAUUAAGAAAAGGAAAAGAAGCAAAGGAAACAGAAACUGAAGACUGCCCUAACACAGAACAGUCUUCAAGUCAGCAAGCGAGUAACAGGACGCAAGUUUGCCAAAAACACCCAACAGGCAGAAGCCAAUCUAAAACUUUCUGUCAGCCAAGUAAAGAUACUCCAGACAGAGGGGCAGCUACAGAUGAGAAGAUGCAGAAUUUUGCUAUCGAAAACACACCGGUUUGUUUUUCUCGCAAUUCAUCUCUUAGUUCCCUUAGUGAUAUUGAUCAAGAAAACAAUAACAACAAAGAAGAAGAAUCUGUAAAGCGAACUGAGGCUCCUGAUUCACAGAUAGAAUCAAACAGACCACAGACUUCUGGUUAUGCACCUAAAUCAUUUCAUGUUGAAGAUACACCAGUAUGUUUCUCUAGAAAUAGCUCUCUGAGUUCUCUAAGUAUUGACUCAGAAGAUGAUCUUUUGCAGGAAUGCAUUAGUUCUGCCAUGCCUAAAAAGAAAAAACCAUCAAGAAUAAAGAGUGAAAGUGAAAAAAGUAAUUCCAGAAAUAUAGGUGGUAUAUUGGCAGAAGAUUUGACACUGGAUUUGAGAGAGAUACAGAGGCCAGAUUCAGAACAUGGUUUCUCACCUGAUUCAGAGAACUUUGAUUGGAAAGCUAUACAAGAAGGUGCAAAUUCUAUAGUUAGUAGCCUGCAUCAAGCAGCAGCUGCUGCAUCGCUGUCUAGACAAGCUUCAUCAGACUCUGAUUCUAUCCUUUCAUUAAAAUCUGGUAUUUCUCUAGGAUCACCAUUUCAUCUUACCCCAGACCAAGAAGAGAAACCUUUUACUAGUAAUAAAGGUCCUCGAAUUCUUAAGCCAGGAGAGAAAAGUACACUGGAAUCUAAAAAAGUGGAAUCUGAAAGUAAGGGAAUCAAAGGAGGGAAAAAAGUAUAUAAAAGUAUAAUUACAGGAAAAGCUCGCUCCAAUUCUGAAGUUUCAAGCCAGUUAAAGCAACCACAACAAACAAGUGUGCCUUCAAUUUCACGUGGUAGGACAAUGAUUCAUAUUCCAGGAGUUCGAAAUAGUUCUUCAAGUACUAGUCCUGUUUCUAAAAAAGGCCCCCCAUUCAAAAACACAAAUUCCAAGAGUCCCAGUGAAGGCCAAAGUUCAGCUAGUUCUCCAAGAGGAGUCAAGUCAUCAGUAAAACCUGAGCCAUCUCCUGUAACUAGGCAACUGUCAGGGUUGAACCAGGGUGGAUCAAGUAAAGGACCUUCUAGGUCAGGAUCUAGAGACUCCACUCCUUCUAGACCUCAACAGCAGCCAUUGAGCAGGCCUCUGCAAUCUCCAGGCCGAAACUCAAUUUCCCCAGGAAGAAAUGGAAUAAGUCCUCCCAACAAACUGUCUCAGUUGCCAAGAACAUCAUCUCCUAGUACAGCUUCAACUAAAUCUUCAAGUUCAGGUAGGAUGUCAUAUACAUCACCAGGCAGGCAGAUGAGCCAGCAAAACCUUACAAAGCAAACUGCCUUACCUAAGAAUACCAGUAGCAUUCCAAGAAGUGAGUCUGCUUCCAAAGGAUUAAACCAAAUUCUUGGUAGUGGUGCACCAAACAAAAAGACUGACCUAUCCAGAAUGUCAUCAGCAAAAUCUAGUGGAAGUGAAUCUGACAGAUCUGAGAGGCCUGUUCUUGUUCGCCAGUCAACUUUUAUUAAAGAAGCUCCAAGUCCAACUCUAAGACGUAAAUUGGAAGAGUCUGCUUCAUUUGAAUCUCUGUCUCCUUCCAGACCAGAUUCUCCCACAAGGUCCCAACUACAGACCCCAGUUUUAAGUCCCUCACUUCCUGAUAUGUCUUUAUCCACUCAUUCAACUGCCCAAACUAGUGGUUGGCGAAAAUUACCCCCUAAUCUGAGCCCUUCUGUAGAAUAUGAUGGGAGACCAGCAAAACGUCAUGAUAUAGCGCGUUCUCAUUCUGAGAGUCCAUCUAGACUGCCAAUCAACAGAUCAGGAACAUGGAAACGUGAACAUAGUAAGCAUUCCUCAUCACUUCCUCGUGUGAGCACUUGGAGAAGAACAGGAAGUUCUUCCUCAAUUCUGUCAGCUUCUUCAGAAUCCAGUGAAAAGGCAAAAAGUGAAGAUGAAAAGCAGCAUGGAAGUUCUCUUUCUGGACACAAGCAAAGUAAAGAAAGCCAAGCACUAGCAAAAGGUACUUGGAGAAAAAUAAAAGAAAAUGAAAUCCCCCAAAUGAUGAGUGAUCCUCAGCAUUCUUCCUUGAGUGCCACAAGUAGCUCUGAUUCCAAAACUCUAAUCUAUCAGAUGGCACCAGCUGUCUCUAAGACUGAGGAUGUUUGGGUGAGGAUUGAAGAUUGCCCAAUUAACAAUCCUCGAUCUGGAAGGUCCCCAACUGGAAAUGCUCCUCCUGUUAUUGACAGUGUUUCAGAGAAGGGCGUUGUGAAUGGCAAAGACUCUAAAGAGAUUCAAGAAAAACAAAAUCCAGGGAAUGGAAGUGUUCCUGUUCGUACCAUUGGCUUAGAAAAUCGUCUGAACUCUUUCUUUCAGGUAGACAGUCCAGACAAGAAAGGCACUGAAACAAAACCUCUGCAGACCAAUCCUGUUCCUGCACCAGAAAAUAACGAAAGUACUGUGAGCGAGCGUACACCAUUCAGUUCCAGUAGUUCAAGUAAACAUAGCUCUCCGAUUGGUGCUGUUGCAGCAAGAGUGACUCCUUUCAACUACAAUCCAAGCCGUAGAAAGAGUAGUGUGGACAAUAGUUCUGCUCGACCAUCACAGAUACCAACGCCAGUAAAUAACAGCACAAAGAAACGUGACUCGAAGUCUGAAAAUACAGACUCCAGUGGAACUCAGAGUCCUAAACGUCAUUCUGGCUCUUACCUGGUGACUUCUGUUUAAAUACAUCAAAAAAUAAAACUGAUGUAUUAAAUACAGCAGCUACUUAGAAGUUUUAUUUCAAAUGAAACUUCAAAAGAUGGGGAUUGAUUUUUUUGUUUGUUUGUUUGUUUGUUUGUUUUUGUAAAUAGGUUUGAUUCUUGUUAGAGAGUCCUUGUUCUGGAAGCCAUAUUUGAUAGUAUACUUUGUCUUCACUGGUUAUAUUUUGGAGGAAAAUGUGAUUGACAGUUUGAAAUAAAAUUGCUAAUGCAAGUAUAUUUGUACAGUAUGUUUAACAUGUAUUUAAUUAGCAUCCCAUCCCAUAAUCCUUUAAAUAUUGCUUGUCUUGAAAUCAUUGAACACUGCAUAUAGAGAUGAUAGAGUCAUACUGCUUUAUCAAUCGUUUCUAGACUACAGAUUGACUAAACUACAUCAGGGAAGAAUUGGUAUUAUUUAUGCAAAAAAAUAUACUCAGUUUUAGUAUUUGUGAGUCCAUCUAACCCAAUAAUUAAUCAUGUGGCUGUGAAAUUCACAGUAAUAUGGUUUCUGCUGAACAAGCAUUCCUAGCUUGCUUUUCUGCAUGAAUGGAACUGAUGGUUAUUUUCUGAAGUAACUAUAACAUUUGUGGUCACAUAAUGUGCAUAGAUAGUUAUGGUGUAACCAUUUACACUUUCUUUAUGCCCUUGGGAAAAGAAAAAAACAUAGAAAAAAAGAAAACUGUGUAACUGUAAAACCUUGAGCAAAAUUAUUUCACCUGAACUAGAUUUCAUCUUCAAGUAGGUAGAUUUUUUUUUUUUUGCUAUGCUGUAACUUGUUGUAUAUUCUGAUAUUUGAGGUGAGAUGGCUGCUCUUUUAUUAAUGAGACAUGGGUGAUGUCUCAACAGAGACUAAAAUGAACAUUUCAGAAUAAAUUAUUACUAUAUGUAAAUUGUGUGUGUUACUUUUGCAUUACAUAAAAAUACAGUAUUUUACUUUGAGAUGUCACCUUUUAAUAUGUAUAAUGCACUUACACUUAUGGCCUGAUGCAGGAGAGCCUUGCACCCUCAAUUCUUAAUGACUGAAAAUGGCUGUUGUAGGAUGCGUGUAACCAUUGCAGGAUCAGGCUGUAGGUCUUCUGUAAAGUAAUUGUAAUUGAGACAGUUUCACCCAUCUCAGGUGCAUAACAAGGCUAAAGGCAGGGUAUUUCAAGAAGUCAAGUGGGAUAAUUGCUUUCAUCACUGCAAACCUGAAACAAUAUUACAUGUAUAAAAAUGAUAUUUAUAAAUUGAAACUUUUUUUUUUAAUUGGGGAUAUAAUGUAGAAUGUGAAAUAGUGACUACUGUGAGAUGAAAUUUUAAUUCUAUUUGAAAUCUUCAUGCAAUUUUAUUUUUUUAAAAAAUUAUAAAGGGAAAAAUACCACAAGAGUUUCAUCACAAAAAGUUUGUUGUAGUGGAAAAAUGAUUUUGUAUGCAAACCAGGACCUUUGCUGCCUCAAGCCUUUUGGAUGCAAAUAUGGUUUGUGCUAGAACAAUGCUAAAAAAAGACAGAUUAGUGCUUUGAUAUACAUAGCUUGAAUUUAAAUAAGAUUUGAUUUAAAGUAGAAACAUGAGAUAACAGAACAUUAACCAUUCUGUGCAUGAUUGAACAAACCAUGAAAUGGCAUCAGUUUUGUUCUGCCUCAGCUGGACUGUUCUUAGGUUAGCAUUCUAAAUAGUUAGUAUUCAGGAUUCAAGAUGCCCUAAUUUUAAGUAGCCCUGAAAUAGAGUAAUUUACCUUUGUGGUAGGCUUAACACUUGCAGUGUACCACAUCUGUGGCUGUUGUGCUUCAUCUGCUAUUAAGCAUUUUUAUCUUAAAUUCCUCAUAAGUCUUGCAGUGUUUAUGAACAGAAUUGAGAUGUCAGCAGUCAGUUAAAAGCCAAUACCAAAAAUCCAAAUUUUUUGAAUAAGUGGUAUCUUAUUUGCUCUUUUAUUCUUUGCAUCUUGUCAAAUUUUUCAAGACAUGCUAUAUUUCUACACCACCUUGCUGGUGUAGCUCUUAACAAACAGCCUGUUAGCAUUCAUAGUAUUUUGCACAUGGUAUCUUCAUAAAACUUUUGAUAUGAACAUUGCUGUUCUUUUCAAGAUGAAAUAGAGACAGACUGUGCUUUGUUUUGAAGUCAGGACUUUCUGUUGGAGUAGAAUACAGAACUCCAUCCUUAUGUUUAAAAUAGAAGACCAUCUUUCCUACAAACAGUGUGAUACAUUUUUGUGAUGUUUUUUAACUGAUAAUAUAGAAUAGAAUAUUCUGAAGGUAUACCAUGUUACCCAGGAUAGUCAGUUAAUACCAGCUUUGCAUCUCCUUUAUCUAAGAAUUUAAAGGUAAACUUAAUCCCUAUAAAUAAAUUCUGAUUUCAGUUUUGUAACUGAGGUAAUCUAAAGAGCAUGAGAACAUGAGGUGAAACUAAAAUAAUUGUAUGCAUAUCAAACACCAGAAUGUAUUUGAAAAUUGAAGUGGCUUCUUUAGAUAGUCUAAGAGGUACUUCUUUUUAAUUGGGAAGUUUCUCUUAAUAUCCUCAAUAACUAACCUAUGUUUGUAGUAAAGACUGAUGAGAUAAACUUUCCAAGUAUAAGGGUAGUGAAACACUAAAUUAUGCUUCCCAUGGGAGUUGUUAAAUUUCCAUUACAGAAGUUUUAAGAAGAAGUUUAGGAAACGUAAGGGGAUGGACUUUAGUAUAUUUCACAUUGCCUUUGUGCAGAGAGAGGCUUAGGUGAUAUUCUGAAAUUCCUUCCUGAAGCAUUUCUCUGAUUCUUAAUCUAAAAUGCUUAGUAUCCAUUAAGAGACUUUUAGAAUAUUUAAGGACAUCCAUGAUGUUUUAUUCAUAUUAGUGAUUAGGAUACAAAGUUAGAUUCUAUGCUUAACUAUAAAAAUGAAUCCUGGACAUAUACAAUCAGAGAAACAGAAGAUGGCUGUAUUACGUAUAUUUGGUUUUGUGUUUUGUUAACGAUAUCUAGAUUAAUGGUUGCCAGAUUUGAUUUAUGCUGCUAAAAGUUUUCUCUUGCUCCUUGGUUUCACUUUAAUGAAGAUGGCACAGCAUGAACCAGGAUAUAAUCAAAGUUGAGGCAAAACAAAGGAAAGCAAGGAGCUAAGAAAACCAAGACUCAUGUUACUGUUUUUUGGGGAUAUACAUUUUGAUAGAACUUUAGUGAUUGGAAUGCAGACCUGCAGUUGUCCUUGAUUUAGUUUAAUAAAGUUUUGUGUUCUUUAUGUGAAAAGUGGGAACAUGUCUUCUGUGAAAACUUUUACUUUUUAAAAUAUGCAUUCAUUCUAGUUUCUUGCUGUAUGCCACAGUUAACAUUAUUGCUAAAUUUUUGUGAAAGCUUUUCUGACUAAAUAUUUGCAAACUUUAAAAGGGAACUUACCUGUUUAUAUUUUUCUUGUACAGUCCUCUAUCAGAAUAUUUUUCUUUGAAACUUUAUAGAUAAUUCUUAAAACUCAGAUUUGCUAGCUUGAAAAUUGAAAGCCAAUGGCCUUGCCAGGAUUUCCUGACAAUAUUGGAAUAUUGUUUAAAGCAGGAGUUGGCUUCAAAAUACAAGUAAUCAAUUAUGCUGUUCUUCAAUAAACUUCAGUUAAUGUAAGUAACAGCACUCAUCUAACCCUUUCUGUGGUCCAGAUCAGCUCUUACCUGGCAGAACUGGAGGGCGGGAGUAGAGUUCAAGCUGCUUUAGUAUGCUGAAUUUGCUCAGUGUGAGAUCAGACAAGCUGCCUAAGGAAGCAGAAAAGAAGAAUCAGCUAGCGCUGGUGGAAAGAGACUAGAUCAAACCAUUACUUGCAAUUCUAAGUCAAUACACUAAGUUCCAGAAUAGUUGUUAACCCUUUUUGAGACAACAAAAGCAAAUUAAAGUUUUGUACUCUUAGCUUGUUCACUUUAAAUUUCUGUCUAGUGGCCUUCUAGCGCUUUACAUUUAAAUAUAUUGUGUUUCAGGGAAGUCCGUUUACCCUAGAAAUUCUGAUGACUAACACUGGAAGUAUGACAGUAGUCUGUGGUUUGUAGAAAAUAAUUUUUUCUUCAUCACAAACUACCAAAUUAUUUUUUCUACCAUGUGUGAAAUUAUAUGUCAGAAUUUUUAAAUUUGCAAUAUUAAAUGCAAUAUUAAAUCCUUCCAGUAGAAUGAUUUACUGUAAUUAGCUGUUUUCUAGAAGAAGCUCAAAAAGGGGAGAGAUCUUAUCCUGUCCCUAAUGAAGAUGGUACUACUCAUAGGGAUGACGUGUAAAAAUGCUCAGGUUAACUCUUUUGUUGUUAGAUGCCUCCCAUAUGUCUUUUCACUCUUCCCAUUAAAUUAGUACAGAGAACCGAAAAUGUUGCUAACAGUCCUGUGUAGACUUCCACCUAAUUUCAUCUACUUACUGUAAUGCCAUGCAAAGUCUUAUCUGCCUAACUGACAGAUUUGUUCUGGAUGAGAGGUGUGAUCUGGAUGAAUCAAAAGUGAUGUGUCCAUUCAUAUGAAACAUGACUUCCUUCCCAUGCUUAGACCUUUGAGGACUUUCUUAACCGUAUCACCCAAAUGUGCUCACUUGCUGCUACCACAGCCAUCUCCUUUGCACUUUUAAGUAUAACCAAAAGAGAUGUCCCCACUUUUUUCAUUUUAAAUCACAUAUGGAAAUGUCAUUCUUGCUUCAUAGUUUACUGUAUGCAGAGUAACAGAUUUUAUCUGUAAACAUGUUUUAGAGAAUGUUAAUGUAGAUAAGGUUGAGUUUUUAGUCUGAAUGUAAGUUGGUUGUGUAUUUGGCUACGUAUUGGAAGUGCAAGGGGAUUUGGUGUGGUGCUGAAGAGCUUAAGAGUUCACAACAGUCAUGUAGGUGUUAGUGAAUUAGUGAUGCCCAGAUCGAUACCAAGUAUGUAUUUAAUACCUACGUUUUCUGCUGUCAACUUUCAUUUUACCAGACAUGCAGUUUGUCCAUUCUGAGACUGGGUAAUGCCUCCCUAGCCUAGUUUUGCAAGUAAUCUGUUCCUUGGGAAAUUUCCAUAUAGUUGGAGGUUCUGGUGUUUAUGAAUUUCUGCCCCUUCCAGGAGUCGAGGAAAUUCUUCUAAUUUUGUUGUUGGUGAAAGCAUUCUUUUUCUUGUGUGCCCAUGGAGUUGCAAUUAAGAUAUGAAGGUGUAGGGGGAGCUCCACUCAGUGAAAUGCACUUCCAUCCAAAGUUACAAGCUCAAGACAUACAUACAAACUGAGCAUCUCUUGGGCCCUACUUCUUGGUGGGAAUUAAGAUGUGUAAAGCUUGAGCUGGUUCUCUGCAAGUAAAUAAAUUGUUGUCCUUUGAGAUCAAAUACAUUUUUACCACCUAUGAAUGUUGUUUCUCUUUGAUGAACUCAGCCCACAAUUGUCUUUCCUUUAGUUUUGUUGUUUGCUUCUGCCUGAGAUGCAUUACUGUUCUUAUCCUAUCUCUGUAAUUAAUUAUUUCUUCAAUUAUUCUGAUGUAUUUUGCUUCACAGUAUCCUAAUUCUGAAUUUAGUCUUGCGAUGCAUAACUUAUUACUGGUGGUGUUAUAUAAAAUUUCCUCCUGAUUGCACCUUGUCAGAGUGGAAUUCUUUUCUUGGCUGUUACUAAAUCUUAGGUGUCUGCUGUAUUAGAAAUAUGUUUUCAUUUAAAAAGAAAGUUAUUGUUAAGACGACGACAAAGCAUAUCGGAAUGGUCUAAGAAACCAUGCAGUUUUAUUUUGGUAGUAGUCACAUUUUAGAUAAAGUGGAUAAAAGCUUAGGGAGAUGCACAUCUCACCAGUAGACCUCUGUUCUUUCCAUGUUUCAUUUUAAAACAAACUACACAAAAUCUAGUUCUGAUGCAGUGUAAUUCCAUAGCAUCUUACUUACCAGAAGUUUGCAAUAAAGCUUAUUUCAUUAUGACUAAUUCUAUAAUUCUAUGACUUUUAGCACAGCAGGCUUAGUUAAUUCCAGUCCUUCCUUAAUUAAUGCAUUAAUUAAUCUCCUGUCUGGAGGCUGUGAGGGGACCUAGAUUUGCUGAUUCCCAGCACACACAUAUGAACAUGAGCUUACAUAGAUAUGCUUAAUCUGCACUCUUCUAUUCAAUCUAGGAUUGACAUACAACUAGAAGCAUUUAAGUAAAAAAAAAGGCUCAGUUGCUGAGUUACAUUUUUUUUUUCUGAUACUUGUAACUGUAUAGUUCAGAAGGUGAGUUCUAAUUUCUGGACUGAUUAGCUGGUACCCUGUUUUUGAAUAGUGUUCUAGAGAAAAAUACACGUAAUGGUCUUAAUUUAUAUACAGAAAGGGAAGUUUAUAGUCAGAAUGUAGAAAUGGCAGCUUAAGGUCAGUAGGGAUUUUGAAAACUACAGGAUUUUGAGUGUUUAAUAACAAUUCUGUACAAAAUAACAUCGCUUGGGGUGAGGGAAGAGGGAAAAAGGAGCUUGGAUAUACAAUAAACAGAUCUUGGGUUUGCCUGUGAAUCUUAGCUCUGUCAUUACUAAGGUCUGUUAUGGCAGCAUUGUAUGGAAAGGCAGGAAGAUAGAUGCAAAGAUAAAGCCCUAAUAUUAAUGGCUAAAAACAUACCAUUUUUAUUUCUGGGAGAGGGAUUUUUAUUUUUUUUUUAUUCCAUUGCAUGUUGAAAGGGGGUUGGUGUCUUUCUGUUCCUUCUAUAAUUGUGCAGUUAAACAAUCAUAACAGAUUUGGAGUUGGACUGGAUGUUCUCCAGAGGUCCCUUCCAGUCCCUACAUUUCUGUGAUUAUUUGACACUCAAAUGUUUCAUUUUAUUUUAAAGUCUUACUAACAGAAAUCCCCUAGCUUAAGUGAAAUCUGUGAAUUCAGUGCAAACACUGUAUUAUUGUGUCAUAUAUAUGUGGAUGACUGAUGGUUUCUUUUUAUCCUACAAACUGACUUUAUGUAGCUGUCAGCUGUUCUACAAGGUGAAAACAGAAGGCCACUGAGUGAGAGGAUGUAAAACAGGUCUGUAGUUAGAGACAUAGUCUUUGCAAUUAUUAGGGAAUUAGAGAUGCAUAGAAGCCACUGUUUUUCUAUUGGUAUUUUUUGGUUCUUCUUUCUCAGCUAAAUGGGGAUUUGGAUGGAGUCCAUUGGGAAUGUGGUGCCUAAAAGUCACCUGCAUACUUCAGUGAAAUACUGUGUACAGUGUCUGCUGUGUUUUCUUAUUUACUCCAUGUAAAUCAAGGGAUGGGCCUAGGUAAUGUAAUCCAAAAGACUUGUAGCUCUCAGCAGAGCACAAGUGAGAAGGGCUGUUUCUAGGCAACUAUCUGAUACCAUGUCAGCUGCUCUUAGCAGCCGAAUUGUAACAAGUCUAAUGUGGAUUUGGAAAUCUUGGGAAUAGCUAUGGCUUUUUAAAAACAUACAGGGUAUCAACUGCUCAUGUGCUUCUACCAUUGAGAUGAACAAAGCUUGUGUUUCUGCUGAUUAAUAAAUACAAUUGUGUAGCUGUUGUCACUCUAGGAUAAGCAUAGGGUAGUAAGUCUCCAGAAAAUGCUAAGGUAGAAGACAAGAUUUUGGCUUGCUAAGAUAGAAGGAACUUAGAAUAGUCUCUGGAUUUCAAGUAAACAGUAUAUGCAGUAUUUUAGAGUAAUAUUUCAUGAAGUAUCAUUCCAUUUUUUAUGUUACAUACACUUUUGAAUCUUUGCUAAUAUGGAUUGCAGAUAAAAUCUUUGUAGCUUGCCCCCUUCCUUUCAGUGUCAAAUGGGACCAACUAAAAUUUCACUCUGAAUCUCCUUUUUAAUUGUAUUUUCUGCACCCCUCUACAGAUCUGUUGCACCAACUUAGCUGAAAACACAGCUUCUGAAUGACAUCACUAGUCCAAUUACAUUGGCAUUUCCAGAAUGACUAUGCAGGGUAACACACAGAGAAAACUGAACAUGCAUUUUCAGUAAAACACAGCAGUUUCAGCUCAAACCAUUUACUUGUGCUUGGUCUGCCCCUUCCGUGCAAAGCAUUUGGAUUUAUCCCAGGUGAAAUGUACUAGUCUCUAUCAAAACCACUUUGAACUUCUGUUUCUUAAUUUCAUAGGACCCUUGAGGUUUUUUUUAAUGUUAUUUUUCUUCCCUAGCUGUGCUUAACAACAGUAAAAUAGCAUCUGUCUAAGCAUACAUGACUUGCUGUUGACUGUGUAUGCAGUGAGGGAAUUUUCUGAAAUGCACACAAUGUGAUGGUUACUCCCUGCCACUUCGCUUUCCAGAGCACAUAUGACAAACAGAGCAACUUCAGGAGUCAUAUGCCACUUCAGAGACCAGGGUCCCUGGUACGAAGCAAAGGCAUUAUUUGCAGUCUUGAAAUUUUGCUACAGACUUACAUUAGUCCUAUCAUCACCAUCGACUACAUCUUAUUUCUUUAAAAUGUUUAAAGUCUCUUAAGUUCUGAUUGCUUUGUCAUCCAAUUUCAGUUAUCAGGGACAGCAGAUACAAUGUGUCUGAGCUAGUGUAUUUUGUGACCUACUUCUGUCCCUGAAAUCCUCAGGCUAGAAAUGCACUGAACUCAAAUCUGAGAUGUUGUGCUUAUAACACUAGAACAAAUGUAGUGACUCGAUGACAUAUACAGUCAUUCUAUAAUGAUGUUUUUAUGAUUAAAUUGACAUGUUUGUACCUAAUGCUUCAUUUUAGGAAUGUUAGUUUCAAGAUACUAUGAAUACCAGCAUCAAGAAAUAAGAUUGGUUUGUAAUAAGAGGACAUGCAGAAAAGUCUCGCUUCCUUCGUGAUCAGUCAUGUAUGCCAUAUGAUACAAUUUACAACUCCAGAAACUCCCAACAAUUUUUUAUGGUUUUUCCAUCUGGAAAAGAUACAAAUAAACAUUUUUGCCAUUA